GCGAGGUAAAUGAUAUUAAUUCUGUGCAGUACUUUCAUACCGGCCGGCAGUGUUCGUACAAACGCCGUCGCACGCGCAGCCCCGGCUUUACUUUCAGUUUUUAUUGACGCACGACGUUUUCUUACAUUUCCUUAUUCGUCGAUUCCAUGUAUAUUGAAUUCGGGUAAAAAGUGGAAUUUACAUGUUGCUGAAGGGUCUACGCCCUGGAUUUUUAUUACAAAAUUUGGAAGAACAUGGUCGUCCAUUGUCAGUGUAGAGAACUAAGAUGUCAUUAGUAAUUUAGUUCUCUCAAAUGUGUGUUAAUUCUAGUACAAUGUAUAAAACAAUAUUAGUGUUGUUUAUCUCAGUGUUGUGUGUGGUCAGUGGUGAUGUUAACUCUACGGAAGGGCAAGGGUCUCGUAUGGCCUGGAUUAAAGGUCUGGUGGACCACCAUGACUGGCUGGAUGUGCUUGAUAACGUGAUUUUGCCUGAUCAAUGCGCGUCCGAACUCAGGCGAUAUGUGAUCGCGCUAAACAAAGGAGAACUGUGGGCUUCUAAAAUUUUCGACGCGUCCGGUCAAUACAGUCCAAAUAUCCUGUUCGGCAACGAGUACUGGCUGGGCUCGCAAAACGCGUGCGCCGACCUGCAGCUACGCCAAUACUAUGAGCAGACGCCGCCAUUCAAAACGACGUUCUUCGUCGCCAAAAUCAACCUUACCGUCGACGCUGAUCAUAUGCCACAAAGUAGAUUAAUGUUAGUUGGCCAAUGCGUACCUGCGUCAUGUAAUAACACUAACAUAGAAGCAGUGUUUGCACUCGCAGAGGCUACGGCUACAAAGAGAGCACAGGAUAAUGGUAUCACAGCUUCCUUCAGUACUCUAUACGUGCGCCCAGUGCCUGGACCGUAUAAUUUAUUCGCUGAUAUCAAGCUACAAAUACUAGGGUCUGUUAUGAUUAUUGUAGCGUUGUGGAUGUUGGUGGCGUCCUUCUACGAGGGUUACUUGGAGCGGCGGUAUCGUAAGACCGCGCAGUUACGAGACCUUGAAGCUCGCCAGAACAACAACUAUAAACCUUCUCCAAUAACAAAUUUGUCAGAAGAUGAAGAGAAAACAGAAGAUGAUGAAAAUAAAGAGUUACGUCGUGAUAAAUGUGGUGUUUGGGCUGAAUUAUUAUUGUCAUUUUCGAUACUAUCGAAUGGCAGAGCAAUCCUAAGCACUCAGAAACCCAAUGACGGAGCUCUCACUUGCUUACAUGGGAUGAGAUUUAUGUCAGUGAUAUGGGUGAUAAUGGUUCACACGUACUUGACCGUGUGGUACAUCGCUGACAACAAGACGAUGAGGAUCGUCACAGAGAGGAACUUUUUAUACCAAUCCGUCGGCAACGCCUCCUAUUGUGUUGAUACAUUCUUCUUUAUUAGUGGGUUGCUUGUAACAGUUCUAUUCUUAAGAAGCGAAGACAAAGCCGCCGCACGAAGACUUACAACAGAAAAGAAAGCAAACGUUGACAUAAACAAGAACACAAAUGGUUUUACAAAUUCGGCUCUGUCAGUUUCUGUGAUAAGUCAACAAUCUUUCUAUGAAGAUUUGCUGGACCAGCCAAAGAAUAGUGUAUACUCGAAGGGAGAAAUAUUUAGAAUGGUCAAAUCGUUUUUCGUAUUAGUAAUGUAUCGUAUAGUUAGAUUAACUCCAGCGUACGCUUUUGUGAUUGGUUUGAAUGAAAUAGCGUUAAGAUAUACGCAUGAUAGGACAGUAUUUGAGCCGGCUAUCUAUGACCAUAUUACGUGUGAUCUCUUCUGGUGGCGGAAUCUCCUCUACAUCAACAAUCUGUUCCCUCAGAAAGAGAUGUGCAUGGUGUGGUCCUGGUACAUGGCUAAUGAUACGCAGUUCUAUGUCGUAGGAAUCAUAUUGUUACUGAUAUCAGUAAAACAUAUAAAAUUUGCGAUGGUAUCACUCAUAAUGUUGCUGGGAAGUUCUUGGGCGACGACAAUCUACAUAUCAGUAUGGUACCAAUAUAAGGCGCGUAUCCAGGAACCCUUCGAAAUGUUUGAUCCGUUGUACGAUAAGCCGUGGUCCAGAAUAGGUCCCUACUUAAUCGGAAUGGUAGUUGGUUGGUACUUGCACAAAACUAAAUGCCAAGUGAAGAUGCCAUAUUGGCUCGUUGCUGUGGGUUGGCCGUGCGCCUUGGCCAUUAUGGCGAGCCUUAUCUUUGGCAUGGUCGAUGGCUACUUUGAAGUUUGGCCAACGGCUUUCUACGUCAGUAUUGGACAUACAGGUUGGGGUAUCGCAUUAGCGUGGGUAGCGGUGGCCUGUUGCUGCGGGUACGGCGGUCUGGUUAACUCAGCGCUGUCAUACCGAGGUGUACUGCCGCUUAGCCGGCUCACCUACUGCGCGUACCUCGUGCACCCAACCAUAAUGAUGUAUACCUCCUUCCUCAUGGACGGACCGCUACAUCUUCAGAACUCUAUAGUUUUAACAAUAUACGCUGGCUACGCUGUGAUGGCGUUUCUAGCAUCAUUCGCCAUAUCACUAGCAUUCGAGGCACCAGCUGUGCGCCUCUUGAAGAUUGUGAGCGGCGGCAAUAAGAGUAAAAAGGGACAAUAAUAGCACUCGGAAUAGACCUUGUUUUAUCACGAGUGUGCCCUUGUUUUCUCCCGAACAAGACGAUGAAAGCAUUUCUCGAAUAACCUCUAAGAGCUUUAUUUAAAAAAAAUAGGCGUUUUACAAUACAUGUGUAUAUAUAGGUUUUACUCGUUUUAAUAUGUUUUACAUCCAAUUUUUUUGAUAUAUGUAUUGGUAACUAAAUUACUAUCGGCGAUUUAUUGCGUAAAAAAAAAAUGUUGACAUACUGAGUUCAUAAAUGUGUCGAUUGCAAGCUGCAUGCAAUAUUCAAUUAAAUAACACAUGAUUUAUGUUUAAGUUACCUUGUAAACGUCCAAACGAGAGAAAAUAAAUGAUAUUUCGUUUCGCAGAAUAAAUUGUAAAUACCAAUAAGCUAAGUCCAGUCCAUCAAUUUUCAUAAAUUAUGGCCAUAGUAACUGUAGUUUUAGUCACUCUUUAUUUGGACAUUUUUCAUAUUAUAAAUAAUAUCUUAUUAAACUUUAAAAAAGUAUAUGUUUUACGAGUUUUAUACGUUUUUUAUCUUUUGUAAAUAGUCAUAUAAAUAAAAUAAUCAUUACUUGUAAUUGACAACUGUAAUCUUUCUUAAGACAGUAAAUUUCAAGUUUUCAUAGAAUUUCAAAAUUUCUGAAGCCAUAUGUGAUAUAAAAUCAAC